AUGGCAAAACUCGCAACACCAGCUUCUGGCUCCAAGACGCCGAACCCUUCCGCGCAUACCAAUGGACAUGCGCGAUCCGCUGCACUCGAAGCUGUGAGCGCACGACCACGGCACAAGCAACGCCGGCCUACCAAGCAAGCGUCUUACGAGCUCACCAACCAUGCCAAAGCCUACCUCGAGGGCGGCCAAUACGCCAGCGGCUAUGACUUCCUCUACAGCCUCCUCGCUGCGGGCACGAGCAUAUCGAGACCCGCGCAGCCAUACAUAGGCUUUCUCGCACCGCCGGCAUACAUCGCAUUCGCCUCCUCCAUGGUCGCCGACCCCAGAUUCACCACCAAAGCGCAAUCGCGAGACGCCGCCAAAGGCUCCAAUGCCGCGCUGCGAUACCUGCAAUGCGUGCACACGACGAUAGACGACCCCGCAUACCCGACUAUCAGGAAAGCGUUCAUGUUCCCACGAGAACGCAACAGGAGGAGCGCGCCUAGCUACAGGGCCAGUGCAAGCUUAUCACCCCAGCUGAGCAGCGACAUCAAGCGAAUAGCUGGCGAGGCUGCCAACGAGAAGAGCCUCUGGUAUCGCGCAGACGACUUCUGGCAUGCGGUGGGGUGGGCGUUCAACUGCGCGAUAAAGCACAAGAAACGGUGGAGUCGGUGGAAACUGUGGCUGAGGGUCAUGCUCGACUUCCUCGAAGCCGAUUGGGAUGUCUGCGUCAAGCAAAGCAACCAAGAGGGAGCGAGCGACGAGACAACCCUCCAGCAGAGUCUCCUCUGGCACUACAUAACCGGCGACGAGACAGCAAUGAAUCGCGCAAAGAGGCGCCGGAUCAUCAGAGCUGUACUCGCAACGGCGACACCCGACUCGCUCAAAGACUACCCGGAAGUCUGGGAGAGGGAGACAGCAGAGCCGAGACGUAAAAGAAAUGAAGACCAGCCAGUGGGUGAGGUUGACUUCGAGACUGGGGAGUUGGCGGAUUAUGGUAGCGACGAAGAUAUGCAGGACGCAUCGGACGACGGCGGGGAUGAGAGUGGCGACGACACGUCUUCGGAGACCAGCGAUAAAGGGAUUAAGAACGUACACGACGCCAUAGAGCGCCUUGGCGGACAGGACGCGAUCGAGCUGCGGCAGCGUCUCACAACACUCGUAGGUACCUUUUUGGUCGGAGUCGACGACAACUAA